GUGUGAUAAAGAUCCUAGAUUCGGAGAGAUUCGGAGGAGAAUAUAUUUCAGUCAGAGCAUACCGACGCCAAGGUCCUGGAGACCCGGCCUUAUAUUCCACGGAUCUGGGUAUUUUUCAUGCUGUGCAAGACUGACAAAGGAGCUAGAGGGGUUUCAAGCCCCCGGAUUGUCAUCCUCUUCCUCGUGGCGCGGGAUUGGGCCUGGGCGUGGUUCUGACCGCGCACAUACUCUACGCCAAGCGGAGCGGUGAUACCUGGAGCCAAAUCUGGCAAAGGACCACGUGCUUGUGCGUAUGUGUACCCCUUUUCAUUAACAACAAAGCGGUGCUCGCAGCAAAUGGCCCGUUCAUUUCUAGAUAGCCGGAGCCCUGAUAUGGAACUGGGAUAUCAUCCAGCAUGGAAUGAUCUGGAUGCAUCUCGCCGUCUCAACAAAGAGUCUUCCUGGAGAAGACAAGCCAAAAUGAGCAAGUAAAGAUCCAUUCUUGCCAUGGCUAGUGCAUCAGCGAGAUGUUUCGGCAGGAUACUUCAGGGAGAAGAGUGGAUUGGUGGCAUGUAUGCUGUCACACUUUCAAAGUCUGGGCAUGUAGCGUCUCACAGCUGCAGGUCCCCAGCCCUCAUGGAGGAAUCCACAGUACUUCUCUGCGUAAUCCCGUUUAGUAUGUUCAUUCUGUCAACAUUCAUGUAGAAUCUCGUUGAUACUGGUUGUAGCGAUGCGUAGCUAUUUAUACUUCCCCCCCCGGCGUCUUAUAUAAGCGGGAGAAUCUAGAUUCGGCCCGAUGAUGCUCCGGAUGAGCCGCGAUGAGUCAGCUAGCGCAUAUCUCGAAUCGCCAGAGUUCUAGAUGUUCAGGUCGCUCUCGCAUCCUCAACGCAACCACUCCAUCUCACGGACAACUCCUGUCUUGGAUCUUGCUAUUCUGUCCGCUCUGCCGUCUGAGAUUUUGCGCUAUCCGGCCUCUGCUAUUGUUUUGCUGAAGUUGUGGUUUUCCUGGGUUAUUAUCCGCCACUGUAUUGUUGUAUUGUACUCCUCCCACCCAUCGUACAGAUCGGCUGGUCUGUCCACCUGGGAGGCGAAUAUCUCAUCCAGCUUCCCUGAACCUUGCCCCCUCCAGGCUUCAACUCCACGAUAUUUUUCUACCAGAGCCUCUUUCAAAAGAAUUCACGACCUGAACUGGCCUGAUACCCCCUCGCUAAAUCCCGCAAUACCCUAUAUUUCCACCCGUUUGUCUUAAAGGUACCUCCAGAUGAUCCGCUGAACACUUCGGGUCCUGGAGAUAAGUCACCAUUGAAGCCUUUUUCAUCCCCCGCCUUUCCUCCCUACGAAAUCGUGGAUCAUCAACCGGGCAUCGACAUUUCCACUACAGCGACGCGAGUGGCGUUGACAAGACCCUUUGUGGAGAGUAGUUUCCUGUUCUUCCUCUCCACUCUUUUCCGGCCGCCGUAACCUGUUGCCGAUCGCACACAGCGAAGAGAGCAUCGUGCCUGUUGUCACCGGGGAAUUUGAGAAUUUCCCACAGAUACGGCGGCUGGCAUAACUCUCUACCCCCCCUUCCCCCUUUUUCCUAUUCUGCCUGUCACACCCAAAGACGCGUCGCCCACGUACGAUGGGUCAGCAACAAUCGAAACGCAGUGAUGGUGCACCUUUAGCUCAAGAAAAGUCCGGCGACAGCCUCCAAUCCUACCCCUCCUUCUCUCGAACAGACACUCGAGACUCAACCCGUUCUAUCCGCGGCUCUAUCCGCUCCAAAAUCCCCGGUGGGAAAAGCGAGAAGAACGAUAGCCCCAGAGGCUCAAUCUCCACCCUAUCGCGUGGUGAGAACGGUUCACCAGACAAAUCAGAUGCAGGCUCCAUCGCGUCCGCUACCAGUGCAAAGUCCGCAAAUUCCCGAGUUAAUCGCAUCUCUUCGAUCUCCUCGACCACUAACGCUCCCGCAGCCAAGCCCCCGACGUCGGAUGAUCAGCGUUCUUACGUAGAUGCUCCAGACCCCCCUCCUUCCCCUUCUCAGUCUGCUUCCCUAGGCCGUGGCCAUAAAAACCUCAAUGACGUGCGCAAGUCAGGCGAAGUUGACCAUGUUUCCGACGCUCCCCCGUCACGUCCAACCCCAUCAUCCAUUCAUUUGAAGCCAGGAGAAUCGAUCCUCAUUAAGAGGGAAGGUGCUAUAAACCCUGUUCUCCAUGAUGCAGCAGCGGCUGCAGACCAGUCAGGUACAAACGGUUCGCCUGGAAUGGGAAUCGGUGCCUUGAAAUCAAUCGAUGUCGAUGAGAUGAUUACAAGACUUCUGGAUGCAGGAUAUUCGGCUAAAGUCACCAAAGCUGUCUGUCUGAAAAAUGCUGAAAUCAUUGCUAUCUGCACGGCAGCCCGUGAAGUGCUCCUCUCCCAGCCAGCUUUGCUCGAGCUCUCGGCACCUGUGAAGAUCGUGGGAGAUGUCCAUGGUCAAUAUACCGACCUAAUUCGGUUGUUUGAAAUGUGCGGCUUCCCCCCAGCCGCUAACUACCUCUUUCUCGGUGACUACGUCGACCGGGGCAAGCAGAGUUUAGAGACAAUCCUGCUCCUCUUGUGUUAUAAACUAAAAUAUCCCGAGAACUUCUUUUUGCUCCGCGGAAACCACGAGUGCGCCAAUGUGACGAGAGUCUACGGGUUCUACGAUGAGUGCAAGCGCAGAUGCAAUAUCAAAAUCUGGAAAACGUUCGUCGAUACCUUCAAUUGCUUGCCAAUCGCCUCCAUUGUCGCUGGCAAGAUCUUCUGCGUUCAUGGUGGGUUGUCGCCAAGUUUAGCCCACAUGGAUGACAUCCGUGGCAUUGCUCGCCCAACAGAUGUUCCGGACUACGGGUUACUUAACGACCUUCUUUGGAGUGAUCCUGCUGAUAUGGAUGAUGAUUGGGAACCCAACGAGAGAGGUGUGAGUUAUUGCUUCGGGAAAAAAGUCAUCAUGGACUUUCUACAGCGCCAUGACUUUGACCUUGUGUGUCGGGCGCAUAUGGUGGUCGAGGAUGGCUACGAGUUCUUCAAUGAUCGGAUCCUAGUCACCGUGUUUUCUGCUCCAAAUUACUGCGGCGAAUUUGACAACUGGGGGGCGAUCAUGUCAGUUUCUGCUGAAUUACUCUGCAGUUUCGAACUGUUGAAGCCGCUGGAUUCGAGUGCAUUGAAGAGCCACAUUAAGAAAGGCAGAAACAAGCGCAACAGCAUGUUGAACAGUCCUCCUGCGAUCGUAUCCGCUCAGAGUUACUAAACUCGAGCAACUUUUGGAGACGUCAUUGCCCAUACCAUAUAUUGACAUCUAUAACAUGCUUAAUUUAAUGAUGACAGUGCCGCCUUAAGUCCUUUGUCGCCUAUGGUGUUCCAGUACUUCCGUACACGGCUCCGCCGCCUUAAUUCCUCCCUGGCAUCGCCGCCGAUGAUCCUUUCCCCGAAAGCUGUUGCCAACCAGUCCACCGCUCUCCGGAAUUACCCGCCUCCGGAUGUCUAUCCUCCCGACAUUGGUGAACAAUGUGCAGUCGCGUAUGGUUCUGAAAUGAGACGCAUGCCUCCCCUCGAUAUUCUUGGUCUCGGUGAUUGCCAGGAAGAUGACGAUGAUGAUGACGGCGACGGUAAUAACGAUAUUAGCAACGACAACGAUAACGAUACUGAGUAUCGGGAUCUCAGUCCACAUAUAGUGGGAGCACAGGGGCCGCUCCUAAGCGUCGAUGGAUAGCGCGGAUUCUAUAUUCCUAGACACUUAGUCGAUUGGGUUCGAGCAUAUAUAUGUGUCUUGUGUCUAUACCUUUCGCGUGGACGAACCGGUCAGUGGGUAGGAAGAGGGGAUCAUAGUUGAAGGAGAAUCCAAAGACUCCCUUGGACAUCUUCUUGAGGAGUGCUAAAUUGCUGGAUGGAUAUUAUGGGAUAUGAGAAUUCAUUACCUGCGAUCCCCGUUUUUCCAUUCCUUCUCUAUCGUCUUGCCCUUGGUUGUUUUUUUCUUUUCUUUUCUUUUUUUUUUUCCUCCCUUGCUAUUUCCCUUUAUUCCUUCUCACUCCUGUUCAUUCGUAUCCUUACGCUAUACUAUUCUUUCUCAUUUUCUCUCAACAAUUAGUCUGGUUUUGCUGCCUCUAUAUCUGGCCCAUUGUCGAUGCUGCUCCUUAUUCACUCUGCAGCCACUUUUAGUUACUUCUACCUAGUACGCCCGUCUUGUUUUAUUUUCGACGUUAAACGUUAAAAAACCAACAAAAGUGUCUUUUUUUGUCUUGUGAAAUUAUCCCUCCUCCACAUCUCGUUUUCAGCCGUGCUUAUGCAGCCCGCAUUUGUUUCUUCCUCUUUACGACCAGAGGCCCAUCCACCACCAUUGCCCCAGGACGCCAUCACUUCAAAUCCCACUUUAUGUUCCACUUCCGGUUCACAAACCACAAACUACUUCAUAGUUUUGCUUGUUACCUCACAUUUUUCUUUUCCUAUUCUACUUAAAAGAAGAAAAAAAAAAAAAAAAAAAAAAAAAAAAAAAAAAAAAAAAAAAAAAAAACCUGCUUUUAUUUUCACUCCGCCCACUCCCCAACUCCCGUGCUUCAUUGUCGGUAUAUUGUCGGUAUUACUACGUGGUUCCGCAAAGUCCGUUCAAAACAUUCCGGAAGCGAUUCUGUUGUAUCUUCAGUUUCCCUUUUGGAUUCCUCUUUUUAUAUAUAUAUAUGACUACUUGCUCCACUUUACUGCAUACUGCUACUGCCGCUGAGCUUCUCUGACCAGGGUCCAGAUUCAUACAUAUACAUAUAAAUUGCUGUUGUGUUUGCUGAAUGAGUUCUAUUACGUGAUGCUUGAAUGAUUGCUUUGCUUUGUGUUGCAGUUCUUUUGAAUUUGUAUAUGCUUCACUGUAGUGAUUAUCUCUUGCUCUUCUUGCUCUGGUUCUGCUGCUAGUAGUAGACUCUUUUGUAUCAUUUUUUGACUUUGGCAUUGGCUUGUCUUGAUAAGGAUGCUGAUUGUACAUGUACAUACCUACCCAUGUAUAUAUACACUGCUAUACAUAUGCGUGCAUUGUGCAUUUUUUAUGUAUGUAUAUGUAACACACAAAUUCUGAAAUCUGGUUUUAUUCUAAAUGUUACAAAUGAUGAUGUGUUGCAUUGCACAUUCAAUACACAAGAACUAGUUGAUUAACUAUCUAGUGUGAGAUAGUUUUUUAUUUGUUAUUUCUCUCAGAAGCUGAAGUGCAUAAUGAGAAAAUAUAGAUUCUAAAAGUGACACUGAGAUAACAGUGAACAGGGAAGAAAUUGAAAUUAUGAUAGUAACUUGUAGGUGGAUGUGGUGAGAGAAAUGAUUGCAAAGACAUAAAUUUGAGCUGAACAAACAUCAUUCCUCUCAAAGGGUGCAUAGAUAAGAGUAGUAACAGUAUGCCAUCAUAGUAUUCUCAUUCAAUCAAUGGUGGUAAUAAAAAGUAGAAGUUGGAAAUUAAAGUGGCAAAUGACAUGAGAAGGGAAAACCAAAAUUUGAAGAGGAAAAUGAAAACAAG